AUGCUCAAACCCUUGAUAGCAAUAUGCGGAACAACAGGAGUAGGCAAGUCUAAACUUGCAAUCGACCUAGCGCUGCAUUUGUCCAAGAGGUCCUUUGGACAACAUGGCUGGAAGGGCGCCCGUGUCAUAAACGCCGACGCGAUGCAAGUCUACAGAGGUCUCGAUGUCAUCACCAACAAAGUCUCCGCCGCUGAGAUGCAGGGUGUUGACCAUCUUUUGAUGGGCUUUAAAGAACCUGGCGAACAGUAUGUCGUCGGAGAAUGGGUCGAGGAUGCGUUGAAGCUGAUCAAUGAGAUGCACCAGAGAAAGGAGAUUCCGAUUGUUGUGGGAGGUACUUCGUACUGGAUCCAACACCUCAUUUUCCCCAAUCGACUGGCGAAGACGAGUGAAGUCCCUGUUGACUCUUCCCCCUCUCAAUGGGACCCCGAGUUGCACACCGCCAUCCUCUCCCUCCCGGACAACCUUAAAACCAUCUUUGAAUGCUUACCGGAAGAACCACCCUCUGCGAAGAUGCACCCCGAAGCUGCGUUCGACCUCCACACACUCUUAACCCACCUCGAUCCGUCCGUUGGCCAGAGAUGGCACUGGAAGGAUACAAGGAAGGUGUUGCAUAGUUUAAGUAUCAUCAAGAACGCCAGGAGAAGGGCCAGUGCUAUCAUUGCUGAGCAGGGGAAGGAUGUGCGCUCCGGUCAGCCUAGGUUCCGCACGCUUUGCUUUUGGCUUUUUGCUGAGCAGGGAGCUUUGGAACCGAGGCUGGAUGAGAGGGUUGACCAGAUGAUUGAGAAAGGACUACUAGAUGAGAUCAACGAGUUACGGGCUAUCGCGACUGCAGGGACCAGUAACAACCCUGACGGACCUCUGCACGACUAUACAUUAGGGAUUUACCAAUCAAUUGGUUACAAGGAAUUCCACGACUAUCUCAAUGACCCUACCGAUCAAAAAGCAUUCGAUGCCGCAGUGGAACGCAUGAAGUUGUCCACACGACAAUACGCAAAGAAGCAGAUAUCGUGGAUUAGGAACAAACUGUUGCCUGCUGUGCGACAGGCCAAUGUCGACAAGGAGGUUGUUUCUUUCUAUGCGCUGGAUGCCACAGAGGUGGAUGAAAGGUGGUUUGAGAGGGCGCUUAAUCCUGCUAUUAACAUCACAGAAAAACUUCUCAACGACGAAACACUUCCCGAUCCGCGGUCUCUAUCACCUGUAGCGGACAGGCUCAUGAAUGUCCCAAUAAAGACGGCCGAUCCAGUCCAAGUCCUCCAAGCCCGCAAAAAGGUCGUCUGUUCAACGUGCACGCAAGAGGACGAUAGACCUGUCAUGAUAGAAGAAGGCGAGGAAUGGGAUAGACACGUCAAGUCUCGCGUUCACAAACGCAUCCUUGCAAGACUGAAAAGAAUAGAAGCCGGGAUCCAACCACCGCCCAAGAAAAAGGAAGGAUAA